AUGUCGACGACAACAAAGCUCUUUCACCUUCUGGGUGAGCCCAUCGCGACUGCGAAACAGAUCCACUUUGAGUCAACGACGACAUAUGAAGACCUAAGGCAUCUGAUUGCGGCGCACUUCGCCAUCGUUGAGCCCAAUGGUAUUGGAUUCCUAUCGCAGAAUUCUAUACUGCAUGAUGUGCCGGAAAUCACCGCAAGUGAAGAUACCAUCAGCAUCACAAUCGAUGGGAAGCCGGUGCGCGAGAUACCAGGCCCCAAGGGCCUUCCCUUCAUCGGGAACUUCUUUGAAGUCUAUCCCGACCAUCUGGGAAAUCACCAGCGCCUUUUCGAACAGUACGGGCCGAUCUUCAAGACAACCAACAUGGGUCGCACCGUAUACCAUACCAAUGAUCCACAGCUCUCGUCAAUUAUUUUCUCCGAGACAGACUUCUUCACGAAGAAGAUCAAUGCAGCGCACCCUCUGCAUCCGAUCAAGAAUCAGGAAGCUGGUGUCUUUUUGGGCGACACUGAUACUCCGGAGUGGAGAACUGCACAUAAAUUCCUGCCACCAGCACUUGGCCCGAAGGCCGUGCGUCAUUAUGCCCCCAUGAUGCAGGAAACGAUUGAAGACGCGUUCAACGUCUUUGAUGCCCUAGAUGAGAAAGAGGAAGCAUGGAACGUCUAUCAGUACAUGCUCAAGCUUGGAUCGCAGGCGGUUGGCAAGUUGGUCCUUGGAAUUGACUUCAAACACUUCUCGUCUAUCGAUGCACCUCCCCAUGAACUUGUCUAUCGUAUAGCGGAGUCAUUGGAACUGAAUAAGAAAGUGACUGCUUGGGGUGAUUGGUAUGCCAAGUUACCGUUCGGUGACCCGCAACGGUUGAGAAAUGCCAGAGGGCGCAUCAUUGAUAUGGUCAAUGAGUCCAUCCAAAACGCGGCUCGCGGGGGCAUUGAAGAUCUUCCUCUACAGGAUGCGGCCUUGAAAGCAUCCAACAUGGUUGACUACGCUAUUCGAGCCACCGACAACAAGGGCGAAAAGCUGCCCAAGACCAGUCUAAUGCAGGCUUUGGUGGUCGCAACAGGAGCCGGCUUUACAACCACUAGCUCAUUAUUAUCAUGGCUUAUCUACGGUCUUGUCACCUACCCCGAGGUGCAGGAGAGGUUGCUGCAAGAACUAAUCGACAAUGACAUUGAUGCCGACACGAAACUUACUGCGGACUUGACGGAUCGCCUGACCUUCAUGGACAAGUUUAUCAAGGAGACCCAGCGUCGGCAUAAUCCUUCAUAUCAACCUGCACGAACCGCCAAAAUAGAUCUCAUUCUUCCAGGUGGCUACAAGCUUCCACAGGACUCGGUCGUCAUUGGCGCUUUGCACCACCUUCACAACAAUCCAGAAGUGUGGAGCAAUCCUGCGCGGUUCGAUCCUGAUCGCUGGGACACAGAGGAAGUCAAGAACAGACACAAGGCGGCCUAUAUUCCCUUCGCCACCGGACCUCGCAUGUGUAUCGGGUUCAACUUUGCUUUGCAAGAAGUCAAAGUCUUCCUGCCUAAGCUAGUGUACCGAUACAAGUUUACCAGGGAGAAUGAUGGGCAUAUUGAGUACGAUCCCAUGUUCCAGCUGAUCCGACCGAUCAACCUAUACGUUCGCGCUGAAAGGCGUGUCAAAUGGCCGCCGAGAUCAGACAAAGCGGCUCCAUCGCCUUCACUGUGA